ACUUCUUUUAAAACACACAUACACAAAUAAAAUAAAUCUCGAAUUUCCGUAUUUACAUACAACAUGACAUGGUAAUUAUUGAAGCAAAAUGGCAAAAUGGAAUAAUAGCAAAUAAAACAACAACUAAAAAACCAAAAAAUAGAGAGAAAAUACCGGAGCUUUAAGACAAACCAAACACUGUGUUUUCAUCGACAAACAACAAGAGAGAACAAACUAGCCGAAAUUUUAUUGACUAAUGAAAUAUCAAGCAUGGUUCUAGAAAUGAUACAGAUGUUUAUAUUAAUUAAAUUUUACUGAAACGAAUUUUGUGAUCUAAAUUUAGAAGAAUAAUAAAAUUCACGAAAGGAUAUUACAUCGAAAUAAUUUUUUCUAACAUCUAAUUUCAAAAAAUUGUUUUAAGAAAAGUUUUCUCAUAGCGAUGUAACAGUUCAGAUGAUUGUUCAGAAUUUUUACAUUUAGAACAAUAAAGUAGAAAGUUUUAGCAAAUGAAAUUAUGACGAGGAAUGAUAUCGGUCAACGUAGUCGUUCAAAAAGUGCAUCUUGUUUCCCAGAGAUCAGAAUUGCAAUCUUGGGUGCUCACCAAGUUGGAAAAUCAGCUGUGAGUGUUCGAUUCAUGACCAAGAGAUACAUUGGGGAAUAUCAACACAAUGUUGACAAUACUUACAAAAGAGAAAUUGUUAUAGAAAACGAUACUGUUUGUUACGAACUUAGAGAUACGUCAGCUUCGGUUGAUAAUAACUGCCACGUAUCUUGGGCUUCAUGCAUAGCAGUUAUAUAUGCUAUAGAUAAUCGCUCUUCUUUUAAUAUUGCAAAAGACAUUCUUCAAAGUAUUAAAACUUUUGUGGAAAAAUCUGGAAAAUUACGAGAAGCCAUCCCUUUAAGAUAUUCUUUAAUCGGAAAUAAAAAUGAUUUAGAACAUCUUCGCGUAAUAAGUUUAGAAGAAGGAAAAGCACUUGCAACAAAAUAUAAUGCAAGAUUCGGUGAAAUAUCAGCAGCAAAUGAUUAUGUAUCAAUAUACGAGUUGUUUAGCAGCAUGAUUAGAGACGCUUAUGCUUGUGUUGAAAGUUCAAAACAAACUACUACUAUUGAUUACCUUAAAAUUGACUCUAAAUUACGCACUCGAGCACACACAUUAACUCCAUCAACUGAAAAAUCACAAACUGAGAACGAUUUUGAAGUUAAUUUGUUUGUAUGGGAUAAAAAAAACGAAGAUGACUCGAUCAGUGUUCAUAGUGCAUGUUCAGCCAUGGAAAAUCGAAGAAGCCGAUAUUCACUAAGCGAAGGAUUAGAAACAUUAAGCACCGAUUCUAAUUCGGAUAUAAAUGAGCUAAGCAAUUCUAACGAAAGAAAAAAAUGUACUGAUGAACAAGAUGAAGGGUUAACUAUUAGAGUUCCAAGUGUCGGCACGGCAAAAAAAGAAAAAUCACGAUCGUCAUCAAAGCGAAGCCAAAAGCAGCGGUCGCUUAAAAAAUCAGGCAAAAGCAAAAGUUACUCUGACCUGGCAUCAUCAGUAAGGGAGCAAAAUGAAUUUGAUAAACCUUUAUUUUUGUCUGAUAAUAUAAGUACAAUUAAUAGCGAAUUGCUUUCUGAUAACCACCAAGCAGAAAAUUCGGAAAAAUUGUCAGCUGCGCAUAAAAAUGGCUGGAGUAUUUUGCGAAAAGAACGGCCAAGAUUAUUAGCAACCGCAUUGGGAAGUAAAAAUGAAACCUCUAUUGAUGAACCUUCACGGGAUAUACCAGAACAAUCUAGAUUUAAACGUGACGGCAGCAGAUCGUCAGUCAGGAAAAAAUUUUCCACUAUAUUUAGGCCUAAAAUAGUAAUAGCCACUCCUACAUUUGCAAAUUAAACAAGCACGCACUGAAACAAAUUCCACUCUAAGAAAACCGCAUGCAACAAACUCCACAAACCCACGGAAACUUACUCAGUAAUUAGAGUUAAUAUUGCCGCACAAAUAUUCAGAAGUGGAUUUUCAAGUAUAAGUUUUAUAUUUAAUAUUCCUGAUUGAUAGUUAACUUGGACUUUUUAGAAGUUUUUGCAUAAUUCUAUAUAUGAAAAUGAAACGUAAAUACGUAAAAA